AUGUCAGACAACACUGACAGUACCUCAGUAGUGUGGAGUACGUGGGCAGGUGUGGCCCUUGCUGCCCUGCAGGUGGGUAUGUUCAUGGUUGGGGUACUGGGCAACGUAACUGUUGCAGCCUCAGUGUGGAGACGAAGAACUGGACACCAGCAACAGUUGGCUGCUCAUCGCCUUGACCUCCUGCUUUCUUUGGCACUAGCAGAUCUGCUGGUGACUCUGCUGUGUCUGCCUGCUGCCACAUCGCGUUUCUUGGCACUGUCGUGGUCAGUGCCCUGGGUAUUGUGGUGCCCGUUAUUGUCUGCUGCUCAGAAUACUGCGCAUGCCGCUUCGACUCUCUCCUUGACACUAUUGGCUCUUGACCGAUACCUGACCGUGCGACGGCCAAAGUUGGCACCUCGGGUGUCAGCAGUGACGGCGCAGCUACUGGUGGCAUUGUGGCUAGCAGCGGCACUGAUGGCACUUCCACGAGGCCUAGCAGCUAGGCUUCAAGCUCCUGGCCCCGUGUGUCGGGAGGUGUGGCCCUUCCCAGCUGCUGGUAUUGUGUAUCACACUGCCAUCGCCGCUAUAGUGCACCUAGUGCCUUGUGCUGCGGUCGUGCUGUGCCAUGCUGCGGUUGCCGCAUCGUUGAGGCGCAGGGGCAAAGACGACACAAGGCUCAACCUGCGUCCACGACAGGUUAUUAUAAUGGCUCGGGAUUGUAGUCUCGGAGGCGCCAAUAACCACAAGAUUAUUGCUGCCUCGUCAAGUGGUGAAUCCGAAGAAGAGGAGAGAGCGGCUCUGAAGGUUCCUGAUGGUACCAUGCCCCAUGGCUCUAGGGACGUGGGCAGGGGUAGAGGGCCACUGCUGCCAGCCAGGGCCAUGGCUACCAUGAAGCCUUCCAAGGACAUCCACACCAUCAUCCGCGCCCACCGCCGCAUGCGGAUGAAGGGUCCUACCCACACACCUUCCAUCUUCACCUCGUAUCGCGGACAUUCUGUGGCGACUCGCCGAAGACUUGCCCGGUUAUUAGUGGCCCUUGGCGCAUUAUUCGCCACUUGCUGGACGCCUUACGUAGUGGCACUCGUCGUUUGGGCAUGUAGGGAGUCCCCGGGCACCCAGCAUGCCCUGGAAGUCACCCUGGUGCUAGGACAUGCCCACUCUGCUGUAAACCCGGUAGUCUACUGGCUCAUGAACCGAGCAUUCCUCUCGUCUCUACACCACUACCUUUCUGUCCAGUGGCAUUUACCAGAGGCACUGUCCUGUGCCCGGUGCCCGAGACCUGCUUGCAUCACGCGCCCUCAUGCACCUCCCUGGGCACCUAAUUCCUCUACCAACGAAGAUAACCUAGGCCCUUUUCACCCAAAGUAUCUGAAUCCACAUACACUCAGGCCUCAGAUAUCCCGCUGUACCUCACACUAUUUCCACUAGUUGUGGUAUAUAUAUACAUCCACAGGUCUAUAUCACAUAUAUACACACACAGAGUUGUGUAUCUCAAUGUAUA